CUUAAAAAGAGAGCCUGAGGCAGUUGCCCAUGUCUCUUUUUUCAGGGGUUCCAGGGAUCAUAUGGAUAGAACCCCCAGACCCAGUGACUGCUCCUGGGGGGAACUUGCUGGUGAACUGCAGUACAAACUGUGACCAGCCACAAUACAUUGGCCUGGAGACUCCACUUAACAAGACACAAGUUGCCAAUGGGACCAGAUGGAAAGAAUUCCUACUGAGAAACGUGAUCCAGGAUACCCAGCUCCUCUGCUUUGCCAACUGCUUUGGGGAACCUCAGAUGGUCCACAGAACCACUAUCACUGUGAUUCAGCCACCAGAAUAUGUGGCGCUUGAACCUCUGGAUCCAUGGAUCUCUGUCGGCCAGAAUUUCAGCCUUCGAUGCCAAGUGUUGGGUGGGAGACCCAGACAAAACCUGACAGUGGCACUGUUUCAAGGAUCUCAGGAACUGAGCAGGCAGUCAGUCUCUGAACAAGGCCCAGAAAAGGCAGCAGAGAUCACAGUCACAGCCACAGCCAGUAGAGAGAACCACAAAGCCAACUUCUCUUGCAGAGCAGAGCUGAAGCUGGACCUGGGACCACAAGGUUUAGUCCUCUAUCAGAACAGUUCGAUCCCUGUGGAGCUCCACACAUUUGGUGAGGGAUGGCAAAAGGGGGACAGGUACCAGUACCCUUCACAUUCUAUUCCCACCUGUCUGAACUUCUCUCUUCUAAUUCUUCCUGUCCUCUCAGUCCUAGGCCAGGAUCCCCCUCACCUCACAGCCCCUAAACUUCUGGAGAUCGGCAAGGAGACCACUGUAAGCUGCGAGAUUGACAAGCUAUUUCCAGUGGAGGAUGCCCAAAUCUAUCUGUCCCUGGGAGGGAGAAACCUGAGUCUAACAGUCACCCGGGGCCAGGACAUGCUCAGGGCCACAGCCAUAGCAGCCAUUGCAGAGGGAGAGAGAGAGGGCCAGUGGGAGCUGACUUGCAACGUGACUCUAGGGAAUCAAAACCGAGAAGUCCAUGGAAAUCUGACCAUUUACAGUUUCCCUCUACCUAACCUGGUGAUCAGCCAGCCCACUGUACCUGAAGGGACCUUAGUGAAUGUGACCUGUGAGGCACUGGUAGGGGCCAGGGUAUUGAUAAAUGGCACCCUCUUUUCACCUGGUGAGAUUGCCCAGCUCUCCCUGACAGCCACUGAGGAAUAUGAUGGGUACUGGUUUACCUGCCAAGCUGUCCUGGAACUGAUGGGAGAGAAAUUAUGGAGGAACAAGAGCCUUCAGCUUCUAGUCCUAUAUGGCCCACGGCUGGAAGAGACCAAAUGUCCUGGGAACUGGACUUGGCCAGAAGGGACCACGCAGAUUAUGCAGUGUAAGGCCAGUGGGAACCCUGCUCCAUUCGUGGCCUGUGCCCGGGAGAAAGAUCAGAAGACCCUGCACCUCGGGGUCCCCCUGAAGGUCACCAGGGCUCACAAAGGUCACUACCGCUGCUCAGCCACAAGCAGUCGGGGCCGGACGGACAAACGAGUGACCGUGACCGUGUUGGAAUCCGGAAGGGACCCGGUGCCCAUCGUCGUGGGGGUACUGCUGGCCCUGGGACUCGCGACCACAGCGGGGGCGAUCACAAUCUUGUUCCUGCGGAAGAAUCUGCGGAGGGGCAGUUACCAGCCCCAAAGGAUGCACCUAAAUAAUCUGGACGCCAAUGGAGAGGCCGGAGCCGGAUACUAGAGGCUGGAGACCCAAAGCCGCGGCCUAGGUUAAUAAAAGCUACAACAGAGACA